CUCGUGGAGGGAGCAAGUCUAAAUCUAAGCACAUUGAGAUUUCCUCUGACGACGAAGGUGCGAACAAGGUCAAACAAAACCUGCAAUCUAAAAUGGAAAGCAGUAGCGAGCUGGCAGACAUCAAGAUGGUGCUUGCGGCGCUAAUGCAGGGAAUGAAUGACACGAAGGGGAAGGCUCAAGUCGUGGAGCCUAAGCAAGAGAAGCCGUCCGCAGAGUCUGAAGGUGUUGAAGGGGAAGAAGAUGUCGAUAUCGUGCAGCAUGAAACGAACGCAGAGGAGGAUAAAGGUGACGAAGGCGGCUUGGCUACAUACAUGAAGAUGCACCAAGACUUCUACGCUUCUCUGCAUUACACGCGCGUGCAGGAGAUGUGCAAACAGAAGAAUAUUCAGUAUUUCAGGAAGGAUAUGGGUGCUUGGGAGCUUGCGCGGCUGGACUUACAAGAGUAUAAAGACAUGCUCAAAGGAGGCAAGCCCUGACCAGCGGGUGAACCAUCCAGCGCCAAUGGUGUGAAUGAAGGCGAAAGCAUUGA